AUGUCAACAAAGCCCACAGUACCGAUGCGCCAACAAGUAGAGGAGUAUAUCAACGGUCUUCAGGAGCAGAUUGUACUCGCGUUAGAGGAACUAGACCCCACUGCACCGGCAUUCAAGCGGGACUCAUGGGUACGAGCCCAGGGAGGCUCCGGGCGAUCCUGCGUCUUUGCAUCGCCCGUCGACGAGGAUGCUUCGUCAUCGCGCCCACCUACAGUACUCGAAAAGGCCGGAGUGAACAUCUCCAUCGUCCACGGUGUACUCCCUCCACCCGCCAUCAAGCAGAUGCGCGCAGAUCAUAUGUCGAUGCCUCUCCCAGACAGACCGGAAGGUCUUCCAUUUUUCGCUGCAGGUAUCAGUCUUGUCAUUCACCCACGGAACCCACACGCACCUACCGUCCACGCCAACUACCGCUAUUUCGAGAUUACAGAGCCCAAGCCUGUUGAAUCCGACCCAGCCGAAUCCUCAGACCCGCAGGUGCUCGCGUGGUGGUUUGGAGGAGGAUCAGAUCUGACGCCCUCAUAUCUGUACGAAGAAGAUGCGGUCCACUUCCAUUUGACGAUACAGGCUGCCUGCGACAAGCACGGUCCACAGCUGUACCCGACGUUCAAGAAAUGGUGCGACGAGUACUUCUUCAUCCCCCAUCGCGGCGAAUCUCGCGGGAUCGGAGGGCUAUUCUUCGACGAUCUCAAUGAAGGCCCGCAUUUGCGCCUCCCGAAUUCAGAAGCCAAGCGUCCAGUGACACCUGUCGAGAUCUUUGCCUUCGUCAAAGAACUCGGGAACGCGUUCGUCCCUUCUUAUGUCCCCAUUCUCAAAACCCGCAGCGUUACGCCGUACACACCACAUCAACGUCGCUGGCAGCUUAUUAGGCGUGGGCGAUAUGUUGAAUUCAAUUUGGUCUACGAUAGAGGCACCAAGUUUGGUCUGAUGACACCUGGAGCCAGAAUAGAGAGUAUCCUCAUGAGUCUGCCCGAAACAGCGCGAUGGGAAUACAUGUCAGAAUUGGGAGAGGAGGGCACAGAGGAGGGGAAACUAAUGGCAGUUCUCAAGGAACCGAAAUCAUGGGUUUAG